AUCACACACUGAAAGGGUUUUUCUACUCUACGCUCGCAAGGUUUUUCGCAUCGUCUUCCGUUCAUCACAUCUCCACUGUGUGUUUGUGUGUGUGUAAUUAAGCAUGAAUCGCUCGUCAAAAGUGUUGAUCUGGAUCUCCUUCUUCUUGUUAUCAGUUAGUUCAAAUUUGAAUCUCGUUGAUGCGUUUUACGGUCCGUCAUCACCAGUGGUUCAGCUCACUCCUUCGAAUUUCAAAUCUAAGGUCGAAAAUUCGAAUGGUGUAGUUUUGGUUGAGUUCUACGCACCAUGGUGCGGUCAUUGUAAAGCUUUGACUCCAGCGUGGGAGAAGGCAGCUUCCGUCUUGAAAGGUGUAGUCACUGUGGCGGCUAUUGAUGCUGAUGCGCACCAGUCAAUCGCUCAGGAAUAUGGUAUCAAAGGAUUUCCAACUAUUAAAGUAUUUGUGCCUGGAAAACCUCCUGUUGAUUACCAAGGAGCUAGGGAAGCAAAACCAAUAGCAGAAUUUGCACUUUCACAGGUCAAGGCACUCCUCAAGGACAGGUUAAGUGGGAAAACAACAGGAGGAUCAAGUGAGAAAUCAGAACCAAGUUUAUCAGUCGAACUGAAUUCGCGUAAUUUUGACGAAAUGGUUGUUAAAAGCAAAGAUCUCUGGAUGGUGGAAUUCUUCGCACCCUGGUGUGGGCAUUGUAAGAAGCUUGCUCCUGAAUGGAAGAAGGCUGCAAAGAACUUGCAGGGGAAGGUGAAGCUUGGUCAUGUUAACUGUGAUGAUGAGAAGUCUUUGAUGAGCAGAUAUAAGGUGCAAGGUUUCCCCACUAUUUUGGUGUUUGGUGCAGACAAAGAGAGUCCAAUCACUUAUGAAGGAGCAAGAACAGCCUCCGCAAUUGAGUCAUUUGCCCUUGUUCAGCUAGAAACAAAUGUUGCUCCUCCUGAAGUGACCGAGUUGACUAGCCCAGAUGUGAUGGAAGAGAAAUGUGGUUCAGCAGCCAUAUGUUUCGUCGCUUUCCUCCCCGACAUUUUGGACUCAAAGGCAGAGGGACGGAACAAGUAUCUAGAAACACUACUAUCGAUCGCAGAAAAGUUCAAAAGGAGUCCAUAUAGCUAUGUAUGGGCUGCUGCUGGUAAACAGCCUGAACUUGAGAAACAUGUUGGAGUUGGUGGUUAUGGAUAUCCGGCUUUGGUAGCUUUGAACAUAAAGAAAGGUGCAUACGCCCCACUUCGAAGUGCAUUUGAACGAGACCAGAUCAUAGAGUUUGUGAAAACAGCGGGACUGGGAGGAAAGGGUACCCUGCCGUUAGAAGGGACACCGACAAUAGUGAAAACGGAGCCUUGGGAUGGUAAAGAUGGAGAGAUCAUAGAAGAAGACGAAUUCUCCUUAGAAGAACUUAUGGGUGAUGCACCUUCAGGCAGCAAUGAUGAACUGUGAGUUUAGAGAGUGAACUGAAGAUAUUUGUUAAAAGUUUUUUUGACUUGACAAGUUUCUGAUUCAUCACCCUUGUAACGUGGUAACUUUGCUCGUAAUUUUAGUGGUACCAUUAAAAUGUCACGUUUAAUAGUUUUAUCUA